AUGGCGCCUGACCCCGUGCACUCGGCGCCCAAAGCUCGUGUUGAUGAGAAAGCGACUACUAGCGCUGACAAUAUUCCAUCCCCUUCGGAAAGCACUGAUGGUGAACCCGAGCACGAGGAGAUUGACGGCCACUAUGGUUCAUACAGCAACCAUGUCUUCUCGGACCCAAAGGUUGCCGCUUACUGGCGUGGAGUCUACGAGAACGCUCAGUACGAGGGUAGACAUCGCUUCGACCCCACCCUGACAUGGAGCGCAAGUGAAGAGAAGCGUCUAAAGAGAAGAAUCGACUGGAGAAUCAUGACCCAGGCGUGGUUGAUGUUCGUUGCCCUAGAGCUCAACCGUCGGAAUAUCAAUCGAGCUAUUACGGAUAACAUGCUUGGUGAGCUCGGUAUGGACACGAAUGACUUCAACUAUGGCCAAACCAUCUUUCUUGUUUCCUUCCUCGCCGCCGAGCUUCCAUCUGGUCUGAUCUCGAAGAAAGUGGGGCCGGAUCGUUGGAUACCCUUCAUCAUUUCCGUGUGGAGCGUCGUGUCGGCUUCUCAAGCUGGGCUGAGCAGCCGAGCGGGGUACUACGCAAUUCGAUGCAUAUUGGGCUUGUUGAUGGGAGGAUUCAUUCCGGAUACCGUCCUUUAUAUUACAUAUUGGUAUACGAGUCAUGAGCUUCCUAUCCGGCUGUCCUGGUUCUGGACCGUGCUCAGUAUUUGCAACGUUGUUGGGUCACUUCUGGCCGCGGCCAUCCUGCAGAUGCGAGGCAUCGCUGGAUGGGCUGGCUGGCAGUGGUUGUUCCUUCUUGAGGGUCUUUUCACCCUCCUCAUUGGCCUAGCAUCGUUCUUUCUCUUACCACCUUCGAUUACCCAAACUCACAAGACGAAUUUCCUCCGCCGCAAGCCAUGGUUCACGGUCAGAGAGGAGUCUAUCCUCCUCAACAGGCUACUCAGAGAUGAUCCCUCGAAAGGGGAUAUGCACAACCGCCAAGCUGUUGGCCCUGCUCGGCUGUGGAAGUGUUUGAAAGACUUCGACCUCUGGCCGAUAUAUCUGCUCGGACUUACCACUUACGUCCCACCUAAUCCACCUCAGAACUAUCUCGCUCUAAUCCUCCGGACUAUGGGAUUCAGCACAUUUCAAGCGAAUUUGUUGACGAUCCCCUCGCAGUUCGUGUACGGCGUCCAACUGCUCAUCAUUUCGCGCAUCUCGGAAUGGGUCAACGAACGGUCUCUCGUCUCGUCAAUGUCCAACGUUUGGAUUCUGCCGUGGCUGGUGGCAUUGGUAGCACUUGGGGAGAACGCUGGUGAUUGGGUCCGCUACGCCCUGCUCACGGGUCUACUGUCGUACCCAUACUGCCACGCCAUUCUUGUUGCUUGGAACUCCCGGAACAGCAACAGCGUCCGGACGAGAGCCGUAAGCGCAGCAUUGUACAAUAUGUUUGUACAAGCGGGAAACAUCGUUGCAACCAACAUCUACCGCGAGGACGAUCGCCCGUACUACAUCAGGGGAAACAAGGUGCUGCUAGCGCUGUGCUGCUACAACAUCGUCCUCUUCGUCUUUGUCAAGUUCUACUACAUUACGCGGAACAAGAAAAGAGAGCAGGCUUGGGCCCAGUUAUCUGGUGAAGAAAAGAUUGAGUACGUCCAUCAGACGAACGAUGAGGGCGCCAAGAGACUAGACUUCCGGUUUGCACAUUAG